CGUUUAUGUCUGCAUCUAUUCCCGAAAAUGCUGGAUUCUAAAAUAACGCUUCCAGGUGACGUCGUAAAUACCAGGGCAUCGUCACUGCUCCAGGGACGCGGGACGUACGUUGAUAACGGUGUCCUUCGUGCAAGUUUCCUUGGAACAUUUAAACAGGUCAACCAGCUGGCGUAUGUAGAGCCCCUUCAUGGUAAAUACUUUGCCCAGGUGGGCGAUGUUGUUGUUGGCGUGGUCCAACGCAUCGGUGGCAAUUGUUGGUACAUAGAUAUAGGUUCAUCUAUGAGGGUCCAGCUGUCCAUCUUUCAAGUGAACACUGAGGAGUUAGCAACUCGUCGCAAAUUGGACGAAGACGUCUAUGAGAUGCGAAACUUAUUUGGGAUAGGACAUGUAAUCUCAUGUGAAGUACAGCGCGUAUCGCCCAAUGGAACGGUGCUUUUACAGACACGUACUAGUAAAUAUGGCCGUCUGAACAACGGCAUAUUGGUGAAGGUUAAGCCUAAUCUUAUGCUCCGUCAAAGUAAGCAUAUGCAAGAGUUGUCAUGCGGCAUUAGUAUGAUUCUAGGUUGCAAUGGCUUCAUUUGGUUGGGUCCAAUACAGAAGAGCGGUGAUGCAACAAUACAUGCUCAGGUUUACCAUGAUAUAUGCACUUUUCGUCGUAUUAUACUUUCACUGGCCGGUUUGAGUAUAUGCAUAAACUUUGCUCUACUUUGUGAGAUAUUCGAGUUUUUCAAGGAGAAAUGCCCCGGCAAGAACAGCUUGUCAAAGGAACAAGCUCCGGAACUUUUAGAAAGAUUUUUCAGCGAAAAACGAGCAUAGUCAUUAUCGCAAUAUACAUUAAAUUAUUAAU